CACCAUCAUCGUCUUCAUCUUCAUUAUCCAAUCUACUCAUAAGCACUGAAAGCAAUCUACUACUGCAAUAGUCUCUCUGCAGACAAGGCGCAAUGGGUGUUCACGGCCUCUGGACAAUCCUCGGACCUGUCGCCCGUCCCGUCAAACUCGAGUCCCUCCACGGCAAGCGAUUAGCCGUCGACGCCUCGAUCUGGAUCUACCACUUCCUCAAAGCCGUGCGCGAUAAAGAAGGCAACGCUCUGCCGAACGCACAUAUCGUUGGCUUCUUCAGGAGGAUAUGUAAAUUGAUAUUCUACGGCAUCUUGCCGGUCUUUGUGUUUGAUGGCGAUGCGCCGAUGAUUAAGAAGCAGACUAUCGCUGGACGUAAGCAAAGACGCCAAGGACGAGAGGAAGAUGCCUCGCGAACCGCAAACAAACUUCUAUCUCUCCAAAUGCAGAGAUUGGCCGAGGAAGAAGUCAGCGGCGGAAGUAGCACGAGGAAAGAAACCGAGGUCGACGGCCAGAAAGUGGUGUACUUUGACGAACUCAACAUGACCGACGCCGAGCGGAAGAAACGACGCGACGCGGCCGCGAAAGCUAGUCCAAAGAAAUUCAGACGGCAGGAUCCGUAUCACUUGCCCGAGCAGGAAAUGGCCUUCUCGAAAGACGAUCCGCGGAUGAUGACCGAGGACGAGCUGGCAAAGUACGCGGAGGAAUAUAAAGACGCUGACGACGUCGGGCUCUACGAUACCACAAAUAUUGACUUCCAGUCCGCUGAGUUUGCGGCCCUGCCGAUGACGGUCCAGUACCAGCUUCUAAACACCGCGAGACUGAGAUCGCGACUGCGUAUGGGGUACUCGAAAGAGCAGCUCGAUCAGAUUUUCCCUGACCGGUUGGAGUUUUCGAAAUUCCAGAUUGCGCGGGUGAAGGAGCGGAAUAUGCUCACGCAGAAACUGUUUAAUCUCAAUGGUAUGGCCGAGGACUUGUCGAUGCGGGUCGCAGGCGAGCGGGAUAAGGAGUAUGUCUUGAAAAAGAACGAGAACGGGUGGACUCUUGCUUUAGAAGAUGCUUCUGCGUCGCAGCCUAUCCGAAUUGAUGAAGCGGAGGACGGCAGUGCCGAUGAUGAGGAUGAUGACGACGAUUGGGAAGACGUCCCGUUGCAGCCUGCUUAUAAGACUUCUUUACCGCGACCUGAUCAGUUGACGCGCGGUAAUUUCAUUUUACCGGGAAUCUACGGAAAUGCGCAAGAAUCUGAAGAGGUCCGAUCUGAUGAAACCGGCAAUCCACUGUUUUUGUCGGACAAUGAGGAAGACGAGGACUUUGUUUUGGAUUUGGACGCAGGCGAUGCUGAUAGCGAGCUACAGGCUGCUAUUGCGAUGUCUCUUGAAUCGGAAAAGAAGGAGAGCACGCCUCAGAUCGAGGUUGAGAUGCACAGUGCCUCUUCGUCUGAUGAUGAACAAGAGCAAGAGAAAGAGAGUGAAGCAGUAACCGCUGGCCCGUUUUUGUUCGACACUGGAGAUAUGGAGUUAGAUGAUAUCAUCAAAAAUCUACCUAAACUCCCGGCGUCCGAACCCGAGCCUGAGCCUGCUGCAGACGAACCUGCGCAAGACGCCAAGGAAGUUGAGCAGGAACGGACUGUGCCGAAGGUCAGAUUCAGCUCUUCGCGGUUUAGCAUGAAAAACUCGAUUUUCAAUCGGAAGAGAAAUAGGGAUGCCGUGACGGAUGGUGAAGAGCGCGCUAAUGGCGAAGUUGCAGAGCCUGAAGUGGUACCGGAGCCGAAGCGGGUUAUGACGGAGGAAAUGCGAACGCCUGAGAAGGCUCUGGAGAUGGAUGCGCAUGUUAUUAAGAUUGAGGAGGAUCUUCAGCCUACUGUGCACGUACUGAGCGAUGAUGAGGACCUCAAGAGUGAUGUCAAAGAUGCAGAUAUCGCUAAGAAUACCGAGGUUGAAAAAUUCGUAGUUUUGUCCGACGAUGAGAAGGAGCUGCAGACCAAGAAAGAAGAGCCAACACCUGAGUCCGAUGCCAAAGCUGCUGAGACAUCUGCAGCAGCUGAAGAGGAAGACGAACGCGAGUCUUCCCCCGAUUGGGAGGAUGUUCCAGUCGCGACUUCUGUCGCUGCUGAAGCAACCGAAGCUUUAAACCUGCCAACGACCGCGGGAACUUCAGAUGUCCCGGCGACUGCGCGUGCUGCGUCACCAGACUGGGAGGUACCGUCUAGUCCGGCGAAUUCCGAGGAAGACAACGGCGGAGAGGAAGAUGAGGAAGCCAACAUCGACUUUGACGAAGAAGAAGACGCAGAACUGGUCAAAAACAUUGUUCACGAAGUACAAGAGCACGCGCGGUUUGCGUCCGAAAUCAAUCCUCACUCCCGACGAGUCGAAUACGAGCGCGAGAUCCAGGAGCUCCGGAACCAGCAGCGCCACGAUCGACGGGACGCAGAUACGGUCACGAACGUGAUGGUGCAGGAGUGUCAGGAAUUACUUGCACGGUUUGGGAUUCCGUAUAUCACCGCGCCUAUGGAGGCUGAGGCGCAAUGUGCGGAGCUGUUGAGACUCGGGUUGGUGGAUGGGGUUAUCACCGAUGACUCUGAUAUCUUUCUGUUCGGCGCGUCAAAAGUGUACAAAAACAUGUUCAACCAGUCAAAAUUCGUCGAGUGCUACCUGAGUAGCGACGUGCAAAAAGAGUUGGACCUGGACCAGCGGCGCCUGAUCGAGCUCGCGCACCUGCUCGGGAGCGACUACACGCCUGGAAUCCCCGGCGUGGGCCCGGUGACCGCCGUUCAGCUCCUGCGCGAUUUCGAAUCCGAUCACUCGCUUGAGGAUUUCAAGGCCUGGUACGAUAGCAUCCAACGCGGCGACACGAGCGCGGACGUAUCGACCCCGUUCCGCAAGAAAUUUAAAAAGAAGAGCAAGAAAUUGUUUCUGAACCCGGUGUUUCCCGAAAAAGCUGUCAACGAGGCAUAUCUUAAGCCGACCGUCGACCGCGACGAUACCCAGUUUGUGUGGGGCACGCCUGAUCUGGAUCGGAUUCGAGAAUACCUUAUGAGCGCGAUCGGGUGGUCGAAGGAGAGGGCGGACGAGGUUUUGGUGCCGUUGAUUAAGACUAUGAAUUUGAAGAGGCAGUCGUUGCAGUUUUCUAGGAGGGGGUUUGGUGCAAAGUGAGCGGGGUUAAGAUAGUUUGGGAUGGGUGUUGGCGUUUGCGGGGACUUUUGGACU